ACACACACAAACAGAGUCCAGUUGAGCAAGAAGAAUGAAGGAGAGCAUUGUUCUGUAUCCCUCUCCAGGGAUCGGUCAUCUUGUAUCAAUGGUGGAGCUAGGCAGAGUCAUACUCAAACACUACCCAUCUUUCUCCAUCUCUAUCCUCAUCACACCCCCACCUUACAACACAGGCUCCACCACUCCUUACAUCACCCAUGUCUCCUCCACCACUCCAUCCAUCACCUUUCACAACCUCCCCUCCGUCCCAAUCUCUCCCGACUCAAUCUCUUCCCCUCACCACGAAGCCCUUCUCAUCGAUGUCAUCCUCCGCAACAAUCAAAACGUCCACCAAACCCUCCUCACCAUUUCCCACACCUCCAACAUCCGAGCCCUCAUCAUCGACAUGUUCUGCUCCGCCGCUCUUGACGUCGGUGCAUCCCUUGACAUCCCAACUUACUACUUCUUCACCUCCGGCGCCGCUUGCCUCGCCUUCUUCCUCUACUCCCCAACCAUCCACGGUAACACUACUAAGAGUUUCAAAGACCUUAACAGCCCUCUUCACUACCCUGGCAUUCCACCGGUCCAUCCCUUGGAUGUCCCCAAGCCCAUGCUAGAUCGUACCGAUAAGGCUUACGAAGGUCUCUUAGACUUCAGUUCACGAUUGCCGGAAUCAAAAGGGAUUCUUGUGAACACGUUUGAAGCAUUAGAGCCUACAGCUCUGAAAGCGAUAUUGGGCGGACACUGUGUCCCCCACCGUCCAACACCUCCGGUUUACUGCAUCGGACCAUUGAUUGAGGAUCGUGGUGGCGGUGAUUCUUCUGCCACCGUAGAUUGCUUUACAUGGCUUGAUUCUCAACCGAUUCGAAGCGUUGUGUUCUUGUGUUUUGGGAGCUUGGGGUUGUUCACUGCAGCACAGCUGAAGGAGAUCGCUAUAGGGUUGGAGAAGAGUGGGGAGAGGUUCUUGUGGGUGGUGCGCAAUCCACCUAUGGAGGACAAAAGCUGGCGCAAUUUAGCACCACCUGAACCGGAUUUGGAUACUUUACUGCCCGAAGGGUUUUUGGAUAGGACAAAGGAGAGGGGACUUGUGGUAAAACUCUGGGCCCCACAGGUGGAGGUAUUGAAUCGAGAAUCGGUGGGUGGAUUCGUGACUCACUGUGGUUGGAACUCGGUGUUGGAAGCAAUUUGUGCUGGUGUACCUAUGGUGGGGUGGCCCCUCUAUGCCGAGCAACGGUUGAAUCGGAUAUUUCUCGUGGAGGAGAUGAAGCUGGCUUUGUCGAUGGACGAGUCAGAAGGUGGGUUCGUGAGUUCUGCCAUGGUCGAAAAACGGGUUAAGGAGUUGAUGGGAUCCGAGGAAGGGAAAGCACUAAGAGAGCGAACCUUGGCAUUGAGAGAUGCUGCCAAGGCUGCUAUGGCUGAGGGCGGGUCGUCCAGAGUAGCGUUGGCUAGAUUGGCAGAGUUGUGGAGUGGAGGAUAAG